AUGCAUAGAACUUACUCCCUACGUUCAGGCCGUGCUCCUACGGCUGCUGAUGUCAACAACCCUCCACCACCUACCUCUACUACCAAGAGCAAGUUCUUUGGUAAAAACUCCAUUGCUUCUUCUCUUCGAAAAAACGCCGCUGGCGCUUUUGGACCUGAAUUGUCCAAGAAGUUGGCUCAAUUGAUCAAAAUUGAGAAGAACUUGGAGCGAUCCAUCGAGCUUGUUGCCAGAGAGAGAAGAACUGUUGCUAAGCAGUUGUCUCUGUGGGGUGAGGAAAACGAUGAUGACGUGUCUGAUGUUACCGACAAAUUGGGUGUUCUCAUUUACGAGAUUGGUGAAUUAGAAGAUCAAUUUGUUGACAAGUACGAUCAAUACAGAAUCACUCUGAAAUCCAUCCGUAACAUAGAAUCUUCUGUCCAACCAUCCAGAGACAGAAAGCAAAAAAUCACCGAUGAGAUUGCCCACCUCAAGUACAAAGACCCUCAAUCUCCAAAGAUUCCAGUCUUGGAGCAAGAGCUCGUCCGUGCUGAGGCCGAAUCUUUGGUUGCUGAGGCUCAAUUGUCCAACAUUACCAGAGAGAAACUGAAGGCUGCUUUCAACUACCAAUUCGACGCCCUUGCUGAAUUGUCUGAGAAGCUAGCAUUGAUUGCUGGUUAUGGUAAGGCUUUGCUAGAGUUGUUGGAUGACUCUCCAGUCACUCCUGGUGAAACCAGACCUGCCUAUGAUGGUUACGAGGCUUCCAAACAAAUUAUUAUCGAUGCUGAGAAUGCUCUUUCCUCUUGGACUCAGGACAAUGCUGCUGUCAGACCGUCACUUUCUAUCAGAAAUAGUGAAUAUGAUGAGGAGCCCAACGAAGAGUGGGAAGAAAAGGAAGAGGGUGACGAAACUCGUGACGAAACUCAAGCCUAA